UCCUCUCUCUCGCUCGCUCGCUCGUGCCUGCUUGCUCUCGCUGGCGCCGCACGCGCGCGAUUAAACGCUCAUCCCGCGUGCAUGAGAUUAACACGAUACAGGAGAGACGACUCAGACGACGCGACCUGCCGCGUGCGCGGAAACGGAACGGACUUUUUUUCGCGACGCCGUCCACCGACAAUCGCCGAGAGCAAAGCCAAGGCUCGAGCGCGCAGCCUCGUCUCGUAGACAAGGCUCACUUUUUAUGGUCGGGAUUCUCCCUCCGCGACGGUGUGUCAGUAACGUAGGUUUUACGCUGCUUUGCUCACCAGUCGCGCGCGGCGCUGCGAGUCUCGCGUUUACUUUCCAGCGAUUCUGGCUCUCUUUUCUAACCUGAAAUUUCUGCCAGUUGUGAAUUGUGACAUUUGUGAUAACUCAGCGCAACUCGUUGUCGCUGAUCGAAUUGUGUGGAGUCAUUUAAAUAAUUGUUUACAUAGUACAUCAUUCAAGUGACACAUAUUCAAAAUGAAUAGCUCGACAGACCCAAGGCGACCGGAUAAAGAAGUUCGCUACAAGCCACCGGGUUCAAAUAAUCAGUUACAUAUGCAAGACGACAUGACUCCAGAAUACAUGAACGUCAUAGGAAUGAUAUUCAGCAUGUGCGGACUAAUGAUGAGAUUGAAAUGGUGUUCCUGGGUGGCGCUCUACUGUUCCUGCAUCAGCUUUGCCAAUACGCGAGUGAGCGAAGACGCCAAGCAAAUCCUCAGCUGCUUCAUGCUGUCGAUAUCGGCAGUAGUGAUGUCUUACUUGCAAAAUCCACAGCCUAUGAUACCACCAUGGGCAAGCGCUAUGCAGUAAAUUUUUAUACAAAUCUAAUGUUUUUGCACAGCUUACCUUAUUAACAAACUAUUUUUGUUUUAUACAUGAGUGCAAGAAAAUUU